AUGGCGGCAACGGCAGCGGCAGCGGCGGGCCCGCGGGCGGGGUUUCCGUCGCAGGAGCUGCUGGACGACCUAUGCAGUCGCUUCGUGUUCAACGUGCCGGGAGAGGACCUGCAGUCCUUUGAGCGCAUGCUCUUCUCCAUCGAACAGGCGCAUUGGUUCUACGAGGACAAGUGUCGCGAGCGGCACACGCCACCUCUGCGCUCAUUCACCCUCCGAGACUUCACCAACCUCCUGUUUCAACGCUGCGUAGCGUUGAAGCCGUAUGCAGCGAGAGUGAACGACAUUUUCAACGACUUCACAAGCUACAAGUUCAAAGUGCCUGUCACAGGGGCGAUCAUUCUCGACCACUCAAUGACCCGGUGCAUACUCGUUAAAGGGUGGCGAACCUCUGCGAGUUGGGGCUUUCCCAAGGGCAAGAAGGGGCUGAAGGAAACGGAUGUGGAGGCAGCGGUUAGGGAGGUGUUGGAGGAGACAGGCUUUGACAUCUCGACUUUAGUGAACCCGCUAGAGUAUCUGGAGGUGGUGGCAGGGCAGCAGCAGCAGCGCUCGCGGCUGUUUGUGGUGGCGGGGGUUGACUCGCGCACUGCAGUGUUCCAACCGCAAACAGUCAAGGAGAUCAGCGAGAUCGCAUGGCAUCUGAUAUGUGACCUGGCCACUGCUCAGUGCGACGGAGCGCUGCCAGUCUCUCGCACAGUCAGCGGAGCCAAGCUCUUCAUGGUGCAGCCGUUUGUGAGGCCGCUGCUGGAGUGGAUAGACCGCCACCAGCACACGCCGGACUCGCCACCACCAUGUUACCAUCUCGUCUCUCGUCCACCCUCUACCCAUCCCAACCCUUCACCCCUCCCACCCCUGCCCCCUUCACCCACCAGGCCCCUUCUCGAGUGGAUAGACCGCCAGCACACGCCCGACUCCCGGCAGCUAGCAGUGCACAUGAUGCCACAGAACGUUCCAGGGAGCAUCUUCUCCGUCUGGAAAACCAGCACCGUUCUGCCCGCCUCUCCACAAACAUCCCACUCUUUCGCUCCUCCUGGCGUUCCUGCUUCUGCUCCUGUUGCUCCUCCUCCUGCUCCUACUGCUGCUGCUGCUUCCGCCAGUGCUGCUCCCCUCACUGCUCCUCCCACCGCUGCUGCCUCCCACUCCCAUCAUCCCACCAUCCCAGCCACCACCACUGCAGUCCCACACAUUCCCACCGCAUCCCCUUCCUCUCUCCGGCAUCCAGUCUCCUCCCGCCACGUGGCGGCGGCCAGGAAGCAGCUCUUUCCCGCCGAUUCUCCGCCCCUGUCCACGUCAGCAUCGUCUGGGCUCCUGCCAGCGCCCCCAUGCCAUCCUGGCAAGGAAUGGGUGGAUUUUUGCUUGAUUGCUGUGCCAUUCUUGCACACUAUGCAGCAGGUACGGUACCAAUACCGUUUUUCUUUACUACGGUAG